AUGCAGAGAAUGCCGGCCCCUAUCAGACUGCGGGAGCUGAUCCGGACUAUCCGGACAGCACGCACACAGGCAGAGGAACGGGAGAUGAUCCAGAAAGAAUGCGCAGCCAUCCGCUCGUCCUUCCGUGAAGAAGAUAAUACGUAUCGCUGCCGCAAUGUGGCUAAACUGCUUUACAUGCACAUGCUGGGAUAUCCUGCUCACUUUGGACAGUUGGAGUGCCUGAAGCUUAUUGCUUCUCAGAAGUUCACAGAUAAGCGGAUUGGGUAUCUUGGUGCAAUGCUUCUGUUGGAUGAACGACAAGAUGUCCAUCUACUGAUGACUAACUGCAUCAAGAAUGACCUGAAUCACAGCACUCAGUAUGUUCAGGGUCUGGCACUCUGCACAUUGGGCUGCAUGGGAUCUUCUGAGAUGUGCAGAGAUCUGGCGGGAGAAGUGGAGAAACUCCUGAAAACAUCUAAUUCUUACCUUAGGAAAAAGGCGGCUCUGUGUGCUGUACACGUGAUCAGAAAGGUCCCAGAACUCAUGGAAAUGUUCCUGCCUGCUACAAAAAACCUACUCAAUGAAAAAAAUCAUGGCGUGCUUCAUACUUCAGUUGUCCUCCUGACAGAGAUGUGCGAGAGGAGCCCAGACAUGCUUACACAUUUUAGGAAGCUCGUCCCCCAGCUAGUUCGUAUUUUAAAGAAUCUCAUCAUGUCCGGCUAUUCCCCCGAGCACGAUGUAUCUGGGAUCAGUGACCCCUUCUUACAGGUUCGUAUACUAAGGCUUCUCCGGAUUUUGGGUAGAAAUGAUGAUGACUCAAGUGAAGCCAUGAAUGAUAUUUUGGCACAGGUUGCAACCAAUACUGAAACCAGUAAAAAUGUCGGCAACGCUAUUCUAUAUGAAACCGUUCUAACGAUUAUGGAUAUAAAAUCAGAAAGUGGACUGCGGGUUUUGGCUAUUAAUAUUCUGGGAAGAUUCUUAUUAAAUAAUGACAAGAAUAUUCGAUAUGUUGCUCUGACGUCCCUGUUAAAGACCGUACAGACUGACCACAAUGCAGUGCAGAGACACCGCAGCACUAUAGUGGAUUGCCUGAAAGACUUGGAUGUGUCCAUUAAACGGCGAGCCAUGGAGCUGAGCUUUGCUUUGGUGAAUGGAAACAAUAUCCGCGGAAUGAUGAAAGAACUACUGUAUUUCCUGGACUCCUGCGAGCCAGAGUUUAAAGCAGACUGUGCCUCCGGUAUCUUUUUAGCUGCAGAAAAAUACGCUCCUUCAAAGCGAUGGCAUAUAGACACGAUCAUGCGGGUUCUUACCACAGCUGGAAGUUAUGUACGAGACGACGCAGUCCCUAAUCUUAUUCAGCUCAUCACCAAUAGCUCAGAGAUGCACGAAUACACUGUACAGAAGCUCUAUAAGGCGAUUGUAGAUGACAUCUCUCAGCAACCGUUGGUGCAGGUGUGCUCCUGGUGUAUAGGAGAGUAUGGAGACUUGCUGGUUUCAGGCCAUUGUGAGGAAGAGGAGCCAAUUCAGGUCACAGAAGAUGAAGUUCUGGAUCUUUUGGAGAGCGUUCUGAUUUCCAAUAUGUCCUCAUCUGUUACCCGUGGCUUUGCCCUGACAGCCAUCAUGAAAAACUCCACCAGGUUCAGCAACACUAUUAACCGCAUCAAGAAGGUGGUUUCCAUUUAUGGCAGCAGCAUUGAUGUUGAGCUGCAGCAGAGGGCCGUGGAAUAUAAUGCUUUGUUCAAGAAGUAUGACCACAUGAGGCCUGCUCUUCUGGAAAGAAUGCCCAUCAUGGAAAAGACAAUAUCAAAUGGACCAACAGAUUUGGCUCAAACUAAUGGAGAGACUGAACUUGCAAUAACCGAAACCAAACCACUCCCAGCCAGCAACCCACCAGUGAGCCAGGCCAAUGAUUUAUUAGAUCUAUUAGGAGGAAACGACAUUCAGCUGGUAAUACCCACAGCACCUCCUCCCAAGCAGUCAUCGGUAGGAGGGGAGCUUCUAGAUCUUCUUGGAGACCUAAACAUUGGUGGAGUUCCAGCUCCUGUUCCACAGAUGCCUGCCCCACAGCUGCUGCUGGAUGGACUCUCAACGCAGCCUCUCUUCAAUGAUAUUUCAGUUGCAGUUAUUCCACCCAUCACUGCCUAUAACAAGAAUGGCCUGAAAAUCGAAUUCACAUUUGAAAGAUCCAGCACAAAUGCCAGUGUGACGGUGAUUACAACGCAGGCGUCCAACAGCACAGACAGUGAUAUGACCGACUUUGUGUUUCAGGCGGCAGUACCAAAGACGUUCCAGCUACAGCUUCUCUCCCCAAGCAGUAAUGUCCUUCCGGCUUUCAAUGCUGGCAGCGUAACACAGGUCAUUAAGGUUCUCAACCCCCAGAAACAACAGCUGCGCAUGCGGAUCAAGCUGACCUAUAAUCAUAAGGGCUCAGCCAUGCAGGAUCUCUCUGAAGUAAGCAACUUUCCCCCUCAGUCCUGGCAAUAAGACAGCGCUAUGUCCAUAUUCUCCCCCCCACCCAAGAUGAAGGAACUCUGGGCUGGAGCCUCUGCCCCUGGAUUGGCAAGGAUUGCACUUUUUGGGCCAUGGGGUAGCAGAGAAGAAUUGAGGGACAUUCUGCAGCUGAACGAAGCAAUGAGCGCAAGGUGAGGACAUUGCUGCUCUUACUCCUCCAACUCAGGAAGGAGCAGCCUGACCUCUCCCGACCCUCACCUCUCCCAUCGGGAGAUGGAGUUGAUUUUCCCUGAAUGGCUGUCCUGGAAUUUUGUGUUCUUACCCUCCCCAUCUCACUCUGUACAUUCCCACCUCCAUGGUUCCACUCACCCCCAACGCCCUCCAGGCUCUUUAUCCUGCGCUCUCUUCAAUGGAGAGUUACGUUUUGUUUUUAAAAUGUGGUUUGAUAAAAUCCUGUGCCUGGGGAUGCUUGCUAUUCCAUCGCUACCUUCCCUCCGAACCCCCCGUUUGCCUGUAUUUCCUCUCUCUACUGGAUUCAAACUUGAUUAGAAUUGAGCUCUGACGCCUUCCAGACCUGUGCUAAUGUUACUGUAAAGCCCAGCUCCCAUGUCAUGGUAAGCAGGUGCAGUCUCUGAGUAGGGCCGGGGUUACUUCGUGCCUCAGCUGUCUAUGGUGAUGAGCUGUGUAGAAGGGAACUAUGCCUAACAUAGACUGGUUUAACGGUUAAGAGAUGGUAGAAAUAUAUGUGAAAUAUUAAGGAGCCACAGCAUUCCUGAAGAGCAGACAUACCUCAGCAUUCAUGGAUUUUCUCUCCUGCUGGAUAAUGCGGUAGUUUUUUGUUGUUUUUGUUUAAGGGUACCGAGAUGCUAAUCAGGAUCUUAGAGACAUGUUAAACAGCACAGAUCUGAAGUUUUCUGUAAGUGCAGUAUCUGACCUUCUAGAUAUCAAACUAUUGUAAUUAGUUGCAGCUGCUAACGAACUCUAAAUCAAUUGAUUCCACUAGACAAUCUGUGCCUGGUAGUGAUGGUGGCAAGGCAUUGCAUGUCCAUUUAAUAUUAACUUGUCAAUGGUGGCGCACAUGAGACUGCAUCUCCCAGUGUGGGCCAGUCGAGAGGCAUACUACCCUCCCCAUCUGCUAAGAACCCAGGAUGGAUUUGUACAGCUUCCAGCAGGGAUACGGGUGGACAUGAUCUUUCCUCUUGUUGAGAUGAGAACUUGUUCCCUCUGUUCAGAACAAAUAGACAGGGCCACAGGUGCUUGAAGGAGUGGAGGGCUGCUGUGCUAUGCUCUCCUCUCCAGCAGCAGGCCCUGGUUGAAGGCGUUCUCUCACUGCCUAGGCCGGCAUUUGAUGAUGCACCUGUUGGUACUCUGUGUUUUUACUUUGUGUUUGGGGCAUUCUUCUGCCUCCCCGUUCCUGUAAUGUCUUUUCCUUUUCGCUGUUCUAGCAAGUUACAAUUCUCUGAACACCCACCUGGUCGCCUCCUUAAAGGACCAUUCAGAUUCCAUCUGUGAGUGGGGUGGAUAACGAACUGCUAAUUACUGCAGGCUUAUUUUUGAGAUGUAAAAGCAAACUUGUAAAAAUAAAACUAAGUCUCUUUGGGGAGCAUUAAGGGUGUAAACAUUUUCAUGGGGUACUUAGACUGAUGUGUAUUAUCGUCUUUUGGUUGAAACAAAUUAUGAAAAGUGACUAAUAAAGAAUAAAAUGAAAACCCAUCA